CUUGGAUGAGAUUUGUGCGUGUCUGCUACACAAGCUUUCGCCACAAGGAGGGAGAUUUGUAGGAAGGUGUUUGUUGGAUAAGGGCAGCAAGCGCAGAGCGCACAGGAUCCUCCUAACUCCGGCUGCAAUUUGCUCUGUUUCGUGCGCUGUUUUUUUAAUAAAACUCAAUUAAAAACAACAAAACAUGGAGGCGGUAAGUACUUCGGCUCUGGAUUCCUCAGACAGCCAAAGAGUGAAUGAUAUGAUGGACAAAUAUACAGAUAUAAGCUUCGGACAGGUGAAGAACGGAGCUGAGGGAGCGCGCAGUUUUGACAACUUGGAUACAUUAGCAAUUCUUUCAGCUACAAACCUCGACAGUGAGUUUGAAGUAUUUGAGAAAGCUUUCGGACCAAACCACGAUGGAUCUGAGGAGCUUCUGAAACUGGAACCAGGGCCAUGGGUGGAAAUUCCAGUCAGUUCUUUGCCGUUGAAGAACGAGCGAGAGCCGCCACUCAUCAGUGCGCAAACACGCUCCGAGUUUCAUUUAGCACCCAAUGUCAACACACUGGAUGUGUGUACAUCUUCAGUCUCCCCAUGCCACUCACCAAUGAUGGACUCCAAUUCGGGGUUGAUGGUUGAUCUGAACCAAACCAGCGCAACAGGUCCCAUGACACAGCUUGCCUUCGAGCCCAGCACCACACCACCACUAGUGUGCAAAAGCGAGUUGGGUUCUUGGGACUCACACCUGUGGUUUGAGAGACCAGGUCAGGUCGGGUUUGCAUCGCAGGAGAUUGUCGGCAGUUCUGGAUUCAUCCAAAGAUCACCAACAUUUUACAGCGCCAUUCCAGGAGUGCAUUCCCAGAGGGUGUGUGUGAUAUGUGGGGACGAAGCCUCAGGCUGCCACUAUGGAGUCCUGACAUGUGGAAGUUGCAAAGUGUUCUUCAAAAGAGCUGUGGAAGGACAUCAUAACUAUCUGUGUGCCGGGCGGAAUGACUGCAUUGUGGAUAAGAUCAGGAGAAAAAACUGUCCUGCCUGCCGCCUCAGAAAAUGCUACCAGGCUGGGAUGAUGCUUGGAGGUCGUAAGUUGAAGAGAUUCGGUGUACUGAAGUCCAUGGGUCUAUGCCAACCCCUGAUGUUUCAGGGCCACACUCUGACCUCCAUGCCAUGCAUGCCUGGUUUUCAAGAACUGCAGCUCUCCCCCCAAUUUAUCAACAUCCUUGAAAGUAUAGAGCCAGAGACCGUCUACUCCGGCUAUGACAAUUCCCAGCCUGAACAGCCACAUUUACUCCUGAACAGUCUUAACAGGCUGUGUGAGAGACAGCUGCUCUGGAUCGUCAAGUGGUCCAAAUCCCUGCCAGGUUUCCGCAAUCUGCAUAUCAACGACCAGAUGACCCUAAUCCAAUAUUCCUGGAUGAAUCUGAUGGUAUUCUCUCUGGGUUGGAGAAGCUUCCAGAAUGUUUCACCUGAGUACCUGUACUUCGCUCCUGACCUUGUCCUCAGCCAAGAUCGAAUGAGAAGAAGUCCUAUCUACGACUUGUGUAUGGCCAUGCAGUUAAUCCCACAGGAGUUUGCUAAACUCCAAGUGACCAAAGAGGAGUUUCUGUGCAUGAAGGCCCUGAUGCUGCUCAACACAGUACCUCUGGAGGGCUUGAAGAGUCAAGGCCAGUUCGAUGACAUGAGACAAAACUACAUCCGAGAGCUGACCAAAGCCAUCCAAAUGAAAGAGAAAGGAGUGGUGGGCAGCUCACAGAGGUUCUACCACCUCACCAAGCUUAUGGAUUCCAUGCAUGAGAUAGUGAAGAAGGUCAACCUGUACUGCCUGAGCACAUUCAUUCAAGCCGAUGCCAUGAGGGUGGAGUUUCCGGAGAUGAUGACCGAGGUCAUUGCAUCACAACUCCCAAAGGUGCUGGCUGGCAUGGUCAGGCCCCUUCUGUUCCAUGGCAAAUGAUGAUCCGACAAGCCUAAGGGAAUUAUAAAAUAUGGAAGAUCUUUAAGGACUUCAAGCACAAAGAGAUAAGCUGGGGACAAUCUGUAAUGAUGUAAUUUGUAAUGGCUGUUUUCAUCCCUGUGCUUGCUUUGCCUUAAUUUACGACUAAAAUAAUUUGCAGUGUGUAAUAAUAUAAGUAAGAACAUUUGCUUUGAGGCUAUGGUUAACCUGUUGCAUUCUGUAUUGUAUGUAUUUGUUUUUUUUUAGGAACUGAUUUCAAUUCCUAUAUAAUUCCAUUAUAUCUGAAUACUGCUGUGUUAAUUGUUUCCUGAAUGCAGUGGUUCUUAAACUGGUUGCACCUAUUCAUUUACUUUAAUUUUUUUCUAACUUUUUUUCUAGUCUCAGUUAGGGUUGGGCGGUAUGACGGUAUUACGGUAUACCGCGGUAUUAAAAAAUUUUGAUGGUAUUUAAAAAUGGUGACGGUAUUUUAAAAAAUGUGAAGCGCCAAAUUUCUGCUUCAGGUUUACCUUGAAAACUGAGACUUUAAGACAUUCGCGCAUCCACAGUAAGGGAGGGGUGGGAGGGUAGGUGGUUGGAGGUCACUGAUUGGUUGUAGUGAUGGGAAUUAUGGCUCCUUGAAGGGAGCCGGAUCUUUUGGCUCGGUUCCUUUUAAAGAGCCGUUCAAAAAAAUGACUCUUCGUUCCUCUGGAAGCGCUACUGGGUAAACUAUAAGACAGCCCCGAUAUUAAUAUCAAUGAUGAACAAUCAUGAACAUUUUGCUACCUUGCCUUAAAUGUAGGCCUAAUUCAAACAACACUUAAAUGAGAAAAAAAGAUUUAUUUUAAAAGAAGAGAAAAAACUACAGAGAAGAGACAUACUGUGGUUGCAUCGCAUUAAGUUUCACAACAAUCCUCUUUUGUGCAGAGAUGUGCCUGUGUUUAUUUCUGCUUUAAAACAUACGCACCAUGAAAUAAUCAGAUUUAACAUAAUUAAACAAGUUUAUUUCUUA